AUGAAAACUAUUGUUUACAAUAUUUCGUGGAAACCUACAGAUGUGCAUAAAAGAUACGAGGAACCAGAGGGUUACAAUAUUCUAUUUCGGCGAGCACUUAGCAUCGCCCUCCAUCUAGGUGGCACACAAGGUGAUGGUGCAACGAUCUGGUCACUCGAGAUGGCGAGUCGUCUGAUUCUGAUGGACGAAGUUGGUGGACACGCUGAACGCAGGAGGCGUGAGCUUGUGCGUCUCGGUGAACUGUUUCAAAAACAACUGCUCCAACUGCAACACCCCACUAACUGUUCUACUGCUAGCUUUGUUGAGACAAGACUGCCGAUGUGUGGUUUUGGCUGUCAAAUCCACCAUGUUGUGCUUGCAAUGCAGCUGGCAGUAGCAACUAACAGAACACUGUUUGUGCAUGGCUUCGAUCAAACCCUCCAUGGACUGUUUCUCCCAUUGACUAACUGCACAGCAAUUGGCAAACAUCAAUCUGUGAUUCAGCAAAAAAGAGUCUUCGUUGCGCCAAUAUCUCCAUUGUCCCCUCCUGCACUGCCAAGUGAAUGGGCUGGUCUCCUUGAACCUCUUCACGAAUCACCGUAUUUGUGGUUGCGUGGACACAUGAUUAAAUACGCGAUUCGUUUGAAGGACGCCGCCUUCUCACAGCAGAUCAAUUCGAAGUGUGCUAACCUUCGACGUGGAGGCUAUGGUCAAGUUUUUGUUGGCAUUCACAUCCGUCGAACUGACAAACUCGUUAAGGAGGCCAAGCCGCUUUCCCUCAGUAUGUACAUGGAACCCGUUGAGCAGUAUUAUCGAGUAAUAAAAACGUGUAAUCGGUUGAGAGGAGUGCUAAACGACACACGCAGAAGAAGUAUAUUUCUGGCAUCUGACGACCCAACCGUGUAUGCAGAAGCCAGGCAGCAAUAUUCCGAGUAUUCAUUUCAUGAAAAAGGGACAAACUUCCAGACCAACACUGACGUGAAAUCGCGAUUCACUAGAGAAGGACUCGAAUCAGUAUGCUUUGAUGUGAUGCUGUUGGCUCACGCCGACUUCCUCGUCUGCACGUUUUCCUCCAACAUUUGCCGAAUGGCGCACGCCUUGAAACAGACACUGAACGGUCACUACGGCGACCGCACACAGCAAACCACCUCUGCAGACAGGAGGUAUUACAUCAUUGGCUCUCAGGAAAGCACAUGGAAAGUGUGGGUAGACUACCCACCACUAGCGAAACGAGGUGAUGUCGUCAAAGUGUACAAUUUCUCACAAUUCGGCUCUGCGACGACCACGAAUAGGACGGUGCUGCCUCAGUUUAUCCUGCAAGAGCAGUCUAUCUUGCUUCCAACUCAAUUCAACAUUUCUCAAUGA